UCACUAUUUUGCACGUUGAUCGCAUGUAUUUCAUGGAUGUGUGAUUUUAUUUAAAACAAUAAUUAGUUAAUAAAUAUAGAUCUAGAAUCUGGUUAAAAAUCUUUUGGCCUGCUUCGUUUUUCAUCUAUGGAUUAGAAUUGAUUAGAUCCAUUAAUUUUUGGGGUGGUUUGUGUAGGAAACUUCCUUCUUUUUCAAAGUACUAGAUCUAGGUCCAAUUCAGUAUUACUAAUAAUAUAAUAGCUUUCACCGUGUGUGUAGGUUUAUUCGUCAGCGGUAUCAGCAGUAUGAAAACGAUGUUUCUCAGUUUGAUUUCAGCAUUAAAGCAUUUAGGAAGCCUCCAAAUUAAAAUUAACACAGAAGAAAAUGCUGAGAAACAGCCAACAGAAGGAACAAAAACAAAAAGUUUUCACAAUGCCUGUUACAGACCCCGUACCAGGAGUACUGUCACUAUUUGGAAUCUUCCUGACUCUGUUAUUGUACACAUUCUGAGAGGGAUGCAUGUUUGUGAUUUAUUGUCUUUCAGAUCUGUUCAUCCAUGUUACCGUGAUAUUGUAGACAACAACAACAGUUUGUGGUGUUAUGCCUCAUUUGCUGACACUUGGCCUGAUGAGAAAAACCUUCAUCAUUUUGUCAAGGCUGCAGAGAAAAAGAACAUUGAGGCUGCUAUUAAACUUGCUGUUGCAUACCUCUAUAAGGAAGGCUUAACCAAAGAAGAUAUAUCAAAAGUCAGCCUUAAAGCUGCCCAUUAUUUAUGUUUAGCUGAAACUUUAACUCCAAAUACGUUUCCAUUUUUCUGGAUAUUUAUACGACCACCUUGGUCACCUGAUGGAUCUUGCUGCAAAAUUCAAACAUUCCUGCACAUAAAAUCAAUAUUAGAAAAGACGGAAAAUCCUGAUCUGGCAUUUGGUGUUGCAUUGACUCUGAAGUUACAAAGGCUUUCCAUGCAAACCGACUCUAAAGAGGAAGAGCAGAAGUAUUUUAAAAUAGCCGUUGAGCAAAAGUCUGCAGCUGCUGCAUUUUUUUCACUCUUAGAUGUCAUCCCCGAAGAGCCUGACAAAGCCAAGGAGUUGGAACGCAUUAGGCUCUUUAGGCACAUUGCCUCCAGUAAUGUUCUAGAAGCGAAAUUGAGCCUUAUACGAUGCUAUACCCAAGGCCAGUAUGGAGGCAUUUCAAGUUUAAUGGCUCAGGAAUUUGUACAGCAAUUUUUUUCUUCAUCUGCACCCUCAGGAAUUCAUCUGACUUUCACCAGUGGCCGAACAUCAGAUAUCAGCCGCUACAUUUUAGUUGACUGGUUGGUUGAGGUGGUUGGAAUGAAAGACUUCUCCGCACAUACAUUAUAUCUGGCUGUGAGCAUGUUUGACAGAUUUUUGCAAGUUAGGAAGGUGCAACGUAGUCAAGUUCAGUUGCUGGGUGUGGCAGCCAUGGUUGUCAGUUCAAGAUAUCUGGGAUUUGAUAUACUUACCAUCAAGGAAGCGGCUUGGUUGACCGAUAAUAGCUAUACCUACCAUGAUGUUGUUAGGAUGAUGGGUGAAUUAGUAGCUGCAUUGAAUGGAGAUUUACGGGUAUUGACCAUUCAAGAUUAUAUCAAGGUGCUUGUGUCCAUGGUAGGAGAAGUUGGCUACUCUGCCAUGUUGAUUGAAUACAUAGCCAUGUUAUGUUUGCUUCAGUCUGAGAUGGGGCAGUAUAGCCCAGCGGAGAUAGCAGCAUCAUGUUUACUGCUCUCUAGGCUCCUGCUCAACCAUGCUGAUCCCUGGCCAACAGUGGUUCAAGAAUGGACAGGAUUUAGCCAGGAUUCACUCAGUCUCUGUACAUUUCAUAUCUACAACAAAUGUUUGCUAGAAGGUUCUGAGGUUGAAUACAGAGAGACAAAACUUCAAGCUGUUAAAAUGAGAUAUGCAGAUGUCAAUAGAUAUUCAGUCAGCAGUAUUGAGAUUAUAGGUCAUAAAGAACUUUGCCGCCGGCUUGGUGUCACUAAACUUAUCAGUGAUGGUAAAGAUACUAAGGCUAUCAAGUUUAGAAACACAGAUGAGUUGAUAAUGUCUCCCCAUAGAAGCAUGAGUAAAGAUUAUCAUCGUCAUCUAAAUCUGUCAUUUGAGGAAGGUUGGCUAGAUCGCAGCAAUGCUGCUACUCCCCCAAUAAAAAAAGCCUAUGUUCUUGAUGAAGGUGUGAGUGGCUAUGAAGGUGAUCUAGAGGAUGAUUCUGAUGAGUCAUUCAGUGAUAAAUCAGACGUGCUGUAUGAGUUAAAUGAGGAAUCGGAUCUGGACAGAUCUGUCUUGGUGGAUGCAAUAGACAACAAAGACCUGGAUGUUUCAUUAGUCGAAGAUGAUGAAGAAAGUGUCAAUAGCGAGUCCGCAAUGAUUAGUGGCACUACUUUGUUCAGCUGCCUGCGCAUUGAUGAGAAACUGGCCUGUUUAUCCAGCAUGUGUCUGUCAGGCAGCAACAUGGCUUGUCAUUCUGCCAGAUUGUCAACAUCUUCGUGUAUUUCUAAUUGUUCAUGUGUGAAGUCAAAGUCCUAUACCUUAGGCUCAUCCAGCGUCACAUCAGGGUUUGCCUCUUCCUCUGGUUUAUCCUUCUCCUCGCCAUCAUUGCUCUUUACGUCUAGUGCAUCAACUUCUGAAAGCUACAGCAAUGUACAAAAUGCUAGGAUGUGUAUACCCUGUGGGAACAUCCAGUCAGCCCCACGCACCUCAAGGAAAAGUAAAGGAAAUGCGAAUAGCUUUAACACAACAGCAGAUGUGGAGCAGCCAUGUCUAUUCUCUAUCAGGAAAUCCAAGUCUUCUGUUGAUUUAUCUUCUUUCUUGCCCGCUGCACCUUCAGGUUCUAGUUUGAGUGCCCAGGCAAAUGCUUCAUUGAACAAACAAUCCAGUCAUGAUAUCAGCCAAUCUUUCUACUCACUGAGACCAUCCCAUGAUCCUCAGCCACCCGACAGUGAACAUAAAAUUGUGUCCACCCCAGGCAACUCUCAUAGCACCACUCUCAAUUCUACCACCCAGUCGUUCAGACUGUUACCAACUACAUGCUCUGGGAAAUAUUUGUCCCCCACAGAAAAGAAUGCAGUGCGUUAUCAAUCUACAACAGACAGAACUGAUCUCCUGGUACCUGCCACCCCUGAAACAGUGCCAGAAACACAUAGCUCUAACAGAGCACCAAUGAGAAAUACUGAAAAUCUUUGUUCCAUCUCUUCAAGCAGUGCCAACUCUUCAGGUUAUACUUUAAAAAAGGCAAGGCUGGAUUAUUCCGAUUCUUUGAGAUCUGCCGUUGAACUUGCUCAAAACAAGCUUGGCCUUACUGCCAGCAUCAGUAACUGUGAUAAACCAAGUGAAUCCAAUUUGCAUUUCAGUCCCCUGAUUCGUUCAGAGCAACCAAGUCAGUAUGUGGAGAGUAAGAAUGUUCAGCCGCUUGCCAGGAGAAAGAGGAAAAGUUGUCUCUAGAAGUGGUGUUUAAAAGUUAUUUAUUAUACUCUUUGAGAAAAAGUUGGCCAUUGCAAGAUUUUCUUUUAAAAAGAUUGUUUUAUUUAAAUAUUAUAGUCUUAACACAAUUGUUUUAUAAUGGAUGUGCAAUGAUUACAUCAACAUGUGGUGCAACUGUGUAUUCAGUUUCAUUUAAAGUAUUCGUUCUGUGUGAUUUUUUUUUCCAUUGUGAUUUCUGUUUCAAAAUUGUAGUUUUUUUUUUUUUUUCUAAAAUUGUACAUAGGUGGUUUAACUGAACCAAAAAAGUAUAUUGUGCUUUUAUUAACCUCUCAACUCACAUGAAAAAUUGUAUGUAUUUUUUCCACUGCUAGAAAUGCAGAGCAUAAUUUUUACGUUACCAACCAACUGUAAGUGCUAGUAUUAAUGAAUAAUCCUGACAGACAGUAGCAUUUUUGUCCAUUAAGUUUAUUUCUCAUAAAUAUAAAGUGCAAUUUACCAUAUCACCUUUUUUUUUUUAUCCUGCAAGUUUUUUUCUUGCGGCUUUUUGUAUUAGAACCAUAGACAUAGAUUCAUCUCAUUUUCAUUGUCAAGUUUUAUCAUUCCAGAAACGCAGCAUAGGUAAUUAAUCAUUAAGAAAUCAUUGAUAAAAUACUGUGUAUUUAAUUAUCGACACUCAUCAACACAGGUCUCAACAGGGCAUCAAUUUGUAUAUUUAUCAGUAUUUAUUAAAGUGAAGGCUAUCUUUACUGCACUGCUCAUAGUAAUAGUCGUAUUCAAUAAGUUUACAAAUACAUUUUUUAAAAAUGUGUAUGGUAUUGAUGGUGUAUUAUUUUAUUACUUUUUUACACUUAAAUGAAUGCAUAUUUUUUUAUACAUUGUUUUUUCCUUAGGAGAAAAAGCUCAACACUAGGGAAUAAACUGCAGGGGUUUUUGUUAUUGAUUUAGUUUAGAUUGUAGCUUGAGUUGACCAGUAGGUUUUAGCCAACUACUGUUCACACACACACUGUGCCAAACAAUGUUAACUCUUCCCCUGGUUGUUUCUGUUUACUGUUUCAAAUUAGCUAGCCAAUUGAAUAGUAGAUUGUAUAACUUCUUUCAAGAAAAUGUAUGUUAUUUUUUAAAUUCUUUGUUUACCUAUCUAUUGAUCUCUAUUAUAAGUACUAUAUGCAACCUUGAUAAAAUCUCAUAACUGUUUGUGUAAAUUCUUACUGUUGUAUUGUCUUGUUUAGAGUAAUAUAAACUUUUUAUUGAUUUACAACUUGAUCAUUCCCAUUUCAUGACACCUAAAGUGUUCUUGGGUAAAGUAAACAUAAUUCCUUGGUAAUAAUGAUGAAUAGCUUUAUGAAUAUCUUACAAGAUUCUUUGUUAAUUACAGCUUUAUGAUUACCUUACAACCUCCAUGUUUCAGUAAUAUUUUAAACUGUUUCGACUAGCUUUACAAUUUCUGUCUUGUGGUAAUCAGUGGAGUAUCUCUUUAUCAUGGCUUUAAGUUUUAUUUUUCUAGUACAUGUCAUCCUUACCCCUUGCCUUUACCUUCUUCGUUAUUCUUCAUGUGGUGUGGGUAGCUUUUAUUAAUCCAGUUGACCCAGCAGCUUUUCCAUCUAUACUACACACAGAAACGUGUGUAUCAACAUGGCUAUCAGAAAACGAAAUAUGUGGGAUACAGUGUUGGCCUAUAUUUAAUACUUUAAACCAUAUCUAUAUAAACACAUAAUAUUGUCCUUUUAUAUUGUUUGUACUGUUGUCUUGACUACUUCAUCACAGGGUUACGGUUAGUUCCUUUGGUGAUACUUGUGAUGGCAUUGUGAUUACAAGUAGAGUUAACUAACCCUAUAGCACCAAGUAUAUUUCUUACGAGACUUUACCAUCACAGGGUUACGGUUAGUUCCUUUGGUGAAACUUGUGACGGCAUUGUGAUUACAAGUAGAGUUAACUAACCCUAUAGCACCAAGUAUAUUUCUUACGAGACUUUACCAUCACAGGGUUAGGGUUGGUUCCUUUGGUGAAACUUGUGACGGCAUUGUGAUUACAAGUAGAGUAUAACUAACCCUG